GCCACUGAAAAUUAAUGACAUCACCGUAGAUCCAAAGUGGAUUACCACGCUGGAGACAGCAGGAAAUGUAUUUACGAAAGCGUAUAUGGAAGCAGCUUUAGAGUUAUUGAGGAUGCGAAAGAAACAAAAUCCUCUUUUGUUUAUGAACAAAAGUGCUUUGAUGGUUGGUGAAUCGUUCUUGAAUGCAAUAGACGAGAUUUAUGUUAUUUUUGCAGAUGACAAAGACGGGUUUCAAUUCGGGACUGAAUUCACCAGUCAUGGCAUAGAGACAAACAUCCGCAUUAUCUACACACCGUUGAGGAUCAAAUAUAAAUGCUGGAUUGCAUUGAUCUUUCAUCUUGUGAAGAGAAAUAUAACCAUACUGAACUGUGCAACAUCAAAGAUUUCGAAAGAACAGCUCAAUACAUAUAUUGGAGCGUAUGCACACACAAUUCCUUACAUCAUUCGCCAAAUUACCCAAGAUGACAUGAUGGUUAUCUCUCCAUUCAGUAUACAAAUAGAGUCAAAAGAAGUACCACAGGUUGCUAAAAUAGCAGAUACAUGCGUUUUUGUAUUGAAAUUAAUAGAGUGCCACUCGAUGCGCAUCAAGGAUUUGACGAAGCUUUCUGAAGAAAACAUCGGGGAUAUAAGAUUCAAGCUUGCUGCUGAUCUCUUCUCAGAGUUAUUAGCACCGGACAGGAGAUGGAGCAAAGAUGCACAGAGGAGAGGAAAAGAGACAUUCCCUUUCUUGUUUUCAAAUCAU